AGAACUUGGCAACUUCGAUGCUGCUACAGAGAGCUUCCAGAAGGCUUUGCUCCUAAAUCAAAAUCACGUUCAGACGUUACAGCUCAAAGGAAUGAUGCUUUAUCAUCAUGGAAGCUUAGAUGAAGCGCUAAAGAAUUUUAAGAGAUGUCUACAGCUAGAACCGUACAAUGAAGUAUGCCAGUACAUGAAAGGUCUCAGCCAUGUUGCAAUGGGACAGUUUUAUGAAGGCAUAAAAGCUCAGACUAAAGUUAUGUUAAAUGAUCCACUACCGGGUCAGAAGGCCAGCCCUGAAUAUCUUAAAGUGAAAUACCUCCGAGAGUAUUCUAGGUACCUGCAUGCACAUUUGGACACCCCUCUUACAGAGUAUAAUAUUGAUACAGAUCUUCCUGGAAAUUUCAAGGAUCACUGGGCCAAAAAUCUUCAUUUUCUUAUAGAAAAUUAUGAAGAACAGCCAGGGUUACAGCCACAUAUAAAAGAUGUGUUAUUUCAGAAUUUUGAAAGCUAUAAGCCUGAUGUACAAGAACUCAUAUGUGUAGCUGAUCAUCUGGGUUCCAUGAUGCAGUAUGAGACACCAGGAUUUCUUCCAAAUAAAAGAAUACAUAGAGCCAUGGGAUUGGCCACUCUAGAAGUCAUGCAAGCUGUGCAGCGGACUUGGGCAAACUCAAAAGUUCGGAUGAACGGGAAAACCAGACUGAUGCAGUGGCGAGAUAUGUUUGAUAUUGCUGUGAAGUGGCGAAGGAUAGCUGACCCUGACCAGCCCGUGCUUUGGUUGGACCAAAUGCCUGCCCGAAGCCUUAGCAGAGGUUUCAAUAAUCACAUUAACUUAAUCAGGGGACAGGUCAUUAACAUGCGGUACCUGGAAUAUUUUGAGAAAAUUCUUCAUUUUAUCAAAGAUAGGAUCCUUGUUUAUCAUGGUGCUAAUAAUCCAAAAGGACUGUUAGAGGUUCGAGAAGCUUUGGAAAAGGUCCAUAAAGUAGAAGAUCUUCUUCCCAUAAUGAAGCAGUUUAACAGUAAAACAAGAGACGGGUUUACUGUGAACACUAAAGUCCCCAGCCUCAAGGAUCAAGGGAAAGAAUAUGAUGGAUUCACAAUUACAAUAACAGGAGAUAAAGUGGGGAAUAUACUAUUUUCAGUAGAAACUCAGACAACAGAAGAGAGAACACAGCUGUAUCACGCAGAGAUAGAUGCGCUGUAUAAGGACCUAACAGCUAAAGGGAAAAUUCUAAUUCUCUCUGCAGAGCUGGGGGAAGUAGAUGCUGUUUGCAACUUGAUCCUGUCAUUAGUUUAUUACUUUUAUAAUUUAAUGCCACUUUCAAGAGGAUCAAGUGUGAUUGCUUAUUCGGUGAUCAUGGGAGCACUAAUGGCAAGCGGAAAAGAAGUAUCAGGAAAAAUCCCUAAAGGAAAGCUGGUUGAUUUUGAAGCAAUGACAGCACCGGGAUCUGAAGCUUUUAGCAAAAUAGCAAGGAGCUGGAUGAAUCUAAAAAGUAUUUCACCUUCUUACAAGAGCCUACCAUCAGUAACACAGACUUUUCCAACCCUGAGAACAAUGAUUGAAGUACUAAAUACAGACUCAUCUCAUUGUCUAAAAAAAACUAUAGUUGUUGUAUAAUUUAUACAAAUAAAAGGCCAA